AUGGUCCAAUGCUCCAAGUCGCACAACACCGGGCACGGACUGGCGCGCACUGGCACUAACACAGGCGCCGCCAAGGUGGACGCGCUCGUCAAGGCAGCGGUUCCUGGCGCGUGCGUCACCAUCAACGCCGAGAAGCCGCGCAAGGGGUGCUUCGAGGUCAAGGCGAACGGGACGACGGUCGUCUCUCUGACCGACAUGCCGCGCCCCUUCACGAAGCUCAAGGCGCUCGACAUGGACGAGGUCGCCGCGGACGUCGUCAAGGCCCUCAAGUAG